CCGUCAUCCCGCUGCAGUGGGAAGCUCCUCCCCUUUUUUCGUGAGGGAGAGAGAGAGAGAGGCGAAGAAGGGAGGGGAAGGCGACAACAUGGCGGCCGAGCUGAGCAGCGGAGAAGGCGGCUCCCCGUUGCUCCCUCCUCCUCCUCCUCUUCUCCUUCCUCCUCCAGGCGCCUCUGAGGAGGCCUCUCCCUCGCCGCUGGUGGAAAUGGAGGCCGAGGCCUCGCCCGUUUCUGAGGCUGAGCCCACGGCGCUGCUGCUGAGCGGAGAAGGGGCGGAGAGCAUGUCGGAGUCCAGCCCGGAGAGCGCCAGCCAGGCGGGAGACGGAGACGACGAGGAGGAGGAGGACGAUGAAGUGGAGGAGGACGACGACGAGGAUUCCUCCAGCGGGUGCUGCAGCGACGAGACCCGCUCCCUCAGCCCCGAAGCCGACGCCAAGGCCUUGCCACUAGGAGGCGGAGGAGGAGGAGGCCUAGCGGGGCCUUUGACGGAAAUCUCCGCCAUCGAAGGAGGAGGAGGAGGAAGCGGCAAGAGCGACGACGGCGGAGAAGGAGGAGGAGGAGGCCUCAUUGGCGGAGGAAGCAGCAGCAGCAGCAGCAGUGUCUCCUCGGCCUCCUCCUCCUGCUCCAGCAGCGAAUCCAGCCGCGACGAGGGCUACAGCAGCCGCAGCGGAGGCAGCGAAGGAGAAGCCGGGGGAGAAGGAGAAAGAGGAGGAGGAGGCAGUACGUGCAGCGCCUCGUCGGGCGGACGCAGGGGCAGCAUGGAGGUCUCCUCCUCCGACGGAGAGCCUCUCAGCCGCAUGGACUCCGAGGACAGCAUAAGCAGUACCAUAAUGGAUGUAGACAGUACAAUUUCCAGUGGACGUUCGACUCCAGUUAUGAUGAAUGGACAAGGAGUUACUGCUUCAUCAGCAAAAAGUAUUGCCUAUAAUUGCUGCUGGGACCAGUGCCAUGCUUGCUUCAACUCCAGCCCAGAUCUCGCAGAUCAUAUUCGCGCCAUACAUGUAGAUGGACAACGAGGAGGGGUAUUUGUCUGCUUAUGGAAAGGUUGCAAAGUCUACAACACGCCAUCAACAAGUCAGAGUUGGUUACAACGACAUAUGCUUACACACAGUGGUGACAAACCAUUUAAGUGCGUUGUCGGAGGGUGCAAUGCUAGUUUUGCAUCUCAGAGUGGGCUUGCUCGACACGUGCCGACACACUUCAGCCAACAGAAUUCUUCAAAAGUUACCAAUCAGCCAAAGGCAAAAGAAGAAUCUCCUUCGAAAGCUGGAAUGAACAAAAGAAGGAAGUUAAAGAACAAACGGAGGCGCUCUUUACCAAGGCCACAUGAUUUUUUUGAUGCACAAACUCUGGAUGCCAUACGACAUCGAGCCAUUUGCUUUAAUCUCUCUGCUCACAUAGAAAGUUUAGGAAAAGGACACAGUGUUGUAUUCCACAGUACUGUAAUGGCAAAGAGAAAAGAAGAUUCUGGAAAGAUAAAGCUACUGCUUCACUGGACACCAGAGGACAUUCUUCCUGAUGUAUGGAUAAAUGAAAGUGAGCGACAUCAGUUAAAAACGAAAAUAGUUCAUUUGUCAAAACUACCAAAAGAUACUGCCUUGCUUCUGGACCCAAACAUAUACAGAAAGUCUAGUAAUGGAGGUACAUACAGAGGAAUCCUGAAAGAUCACUUCUGUUAAGAUCACAAGCUGAACAAUGCCACAGAAGAGGUUGAAGAGGUAGAAUCAACAGGGGGCACCUCAUCUUACCAUCUUAUUCAUUGACCAUGGAAUUAGAAUUGAAAUUGCACAUUAGACAAAUCCUUCCAUCCAUCCUCUGCUCUCGCCCCAUGGCUGCCAACUUUAGGAGAUGAUUAUGCUUGGCAUAAUUUUCUGAGAAUGAAGUUGACACAUCCGUGGAAUAUAUUUUAUAUAAUAUUGACAUACUUUCAUGGAAUGGUACAAUGGAAGAUGGGGCAAGCGCUCUUCCAGCAAUAUAAUGGGUGCUCUCAAAGGCUUUGCAUGCUUACUGCUUUUUAUUUUAAUACUUUUCUAUAGCUUGUAUGGAUGGAAGUUGCCACGUACGGCCCUCCCUGCAGAUUUUUUUAAAGCAAGUUUAUUGCGAUCUUGUCAUUGGUAAAACAGUUAGCACACAUGGACAUACACUAGAGAGAAUCCUUUUUUCUAAAGAGUAUGGUGAAGAGUAUCAAUUGUCACUUUUGUGAAUUUGUGGUGUUCUAUCACAUAUCCCUAAGUGGUGGUAUCAUGUUUAAGCAAAAUGGUGGUGGCAUAUUUGCAGUUCUAGUGAAAUAUAUAUUCAAGAGAGGGUGAUUAAAUGUUGUGUUGCUGUAUAUCCGGACCUCUCCAUAAGGCUAUUACUGUAUGUUAGUAAGACUUACUUUAAUAAUCUCUUCAGAAAAAAUAAAAAUAAAAGGUAAGAACAUUUUUGUUUACUACUGGGCCUUUAAAACUCCUGUUUGUUUCUAAAGAAUCUCCCAUCUCCUUUCCCCCUCCCCUUGGCCUAAAUUUUAUGAGCUGUCAAAAUUGUAUUUUUUAAAAAGAAGCAUCUAAAAAUACAAUCGUUUAUGCACCAAAGUUGGGUAUGAAAAGAUUUAAAUUUCUUCCUUGCUUUACUAAGUAAAAAAAAAUUAUGGAUUUUCUUAACCUACAGGAAUAGAAAAAAAAUGUGUGUACCUUGUUCGUCUUGUAAGGAGACAAAAAAGUUGCAUAUAGAUGGAACAUUGCUUGUAAAUAAUUUCGCAGAUUUGUAAUAUAUUUUUAUAUUGAGAAAUGUAGAUGUUUUUCUAGAGGCAUGGAAGUUGAAAUGUAUAUAUUAUGGUAGAAAUAAUAUUGAAGGAUAUUGUAAUUCAUUAGUGCUGCCAGAAGAAUCUGUUUAAAAGCAAGCACCUUUUUUAACAAUACGAGAAGUCUUUUGGAUUUCUAAGAGGCUAUAUACUACUGUUGUAAGAACAAAACACACGAAACAUCCUUCCAGAAGUCUUUGAAGUAUGCUCAGUAUCCAUAAGAGGUUUAUGGCACUCAUGGCUGAUAAUGGAUAUGUAUCAGUUUUUUCCUCACUUGUUGGAAGGAACAAAUGUAAAAAUGAAUAAAUGGUGGCUAUAUGCAGUCAAACUGCAUGAUUAACCCUCCCUGUUUAGGAGGAUUUUUUUGCAUUACUACAGUGAAUAUAAAUACCAGCUGUUUUUACACUAUUUUUUUUAUAAAAUAGCAAAAAAUUAAAUAUGAACUCUCUGGUUGGAGAUGUUAUCUUUUUCCAAAGCCAUAAAAAAGGUCUACAUUAAUGAAGAUGAGAUGCUUUCUUGGCUCCCAACGAGUGUAGAAUGUUCUAUAAACAUUUAAAUUCCAUAUGUAUGUGCAUCUUAUAAGCACUGCUCACAUGGAAUAGGUCUGGAAUAAACACUGAACAAUGGUAUUUCAUAAAGAUCUGUAGCAAUGUAACUAUUUAAAACAAAUGCAGUUCGUUUUUUUGUUUUGUUUUUAAUUUUGCUUGAGCACUUCAGUUACUGCUUAAUCUUUAUCUUAUAUGGUCAUCUGCAAUUGCUUUGGUUCUUUUAAAAAUAUAUAUAUAAUUGCCAAAUAGGUGUUUUCAGAUAUAGUUUGUAUUUGUAUUUUUUUAAUUUUAUUGCUUUCUUGAGUUUCUUCUAUGCCAUGCAUAAUUGACAGAUGAUUGUAGUCCUUGCCUAAGUAUUUUUUCUAAUAAAACCAUGCAAAUACAACCACU